UACAUGGGCGCAUGCCAACCAAUGACAUACUCGUGUCCAUCGAACACUGACGCUUUUAGACGUCGACCAACGUAAACUCUCAAGCAAGCACUUUUACGUCGCCUUCGUGGAGCUCGUACAACAGUUUUUCUCGAUCGCGAUUGUGAAUCCACGAGGUCUUGCUUACGCUUGAUUCAUAUUGACGGUAGCGUUACGUUAGUAACCGUGUUUCAUACUAUCACAUGAAGAGCGUCGUUUCAAUACAACAUGCGUAAUCGUAAUUUAUUAACAUUUUGCAAGGUUUUAUCUUUGACACUAUUAUAAGAAGUAAGAAAUAACUGUGGAUUUUGGAAACAAGUUUUUAUACUUCGUUGUCAGUAAAGAGCAACCAUUCAAGAGUCACAUGAACAUAAUUAAAAAGGUUUUUUUAAACUACUUCAACUGAUAAUUUAUCGACUCAAACCACUGUUAAAGCCAGCAGGUCUCGACAUACAUUAGCGAGGUCGACGGACGACGCUUGCUGCUCUCGCCCGUUGCCUGCUGAGCGCCACUUGAUUGGUGAUCGGCGCGCGAGUGAGGAGGUGGAGGCUAGCUAGGCUAAUAUUGUGUUUACACUUGAUUCUAUUACUAAUUCUAUUGUGAUUCUAUUAAUAAUUCUAUUGUGUUAAGUGUUAAUAUAACGAGCAUUUAUUGUGAGUCAGUGAAUACUAAUGAAAAUUAUAACCUCUAAUAUAAAGGUGUGAGUGUGUUAGGCGAUGGUGAAGCAUUAUAUAGACGUAAUGCAGCAUUACGGAGAAACGUUUAACGACGUAAUUGUGUUUGUUAGUCAAGCAGCGGGCUUCAAAUAUAUUAAAUUAUAUAUUGGACUUAUAACUUUCUGCUUUUUUAAUAACACCUGGUGAAUUUAUAUUGAAAUUUUAGCUGUAGACUGUACUUUUUUUUAACUUUUUGACUAUUAUUUAUUCAGCGCCAAUGAUUCACAGAAAAUUAAUUGAAGGCUUUGAAGCAGUAAUGCAUAUGUGUCAGACGUGCAUAUUGUGAUGAUCUCACUUAGUCCCACUAUACCCUGAACUGGAACUCAUACAUAUACCUAUGAUAUAUUAAAUAAUAUAUUGGAUAUUGGUAAGUGAGAAGAGCGAAAUUUUAAUUGACUAUCUUUUAUUUAGAAAAGAAUCAUAUUUAUUAUUUUAUACUGGAAAACAAAUUCGCUAAUAUCAAAUGAAACGAAAAUUUUGUGUGUUGGUAGAUUCCCAGCAAGGUAAAAGAAAUGGCAUUUAAUUUCGGGACUGCAUUUCCGAUUCGACUUAUUUUUUACAAGUAGGGAUUAUUCUUGGGGAGUUAAAUACACGAAACAUUCGUAUAAAGUUUGCAUUGCUAAUUCUACACGCUAUAUGCUUUGAUACCAUGAAUGGUGAUAAAAGUGGCUACUGGCCAGCUUACGAACGGUGAAUUUUUUUAUUCAAGGAGACGUUGGUGGAAGCUUUUUUAACUAUUGUAAUCAACAGGCAAAUUUAGCAAUUCAGGGUAGUAUUAUAGAGUAUAACAUUUUUAUUUUAAUCUAAUUAGCGUCAGUUGACAAACAAGGAGUCGGUCAUUCGAAAAAGGAAUCGAAUGUUUGAUAGUUAUAAUGUGAACGCAAUGUGAUAUGAGCCGCGCUUCAAAGUAAACGCUUUUACGUGAACUGGCGCAGUUGCUUUCUACCGGCACUGACACAAUUGACUCGCCACCUUACUUAAUUCAGCCGCCACGCUUUUCUACAAACUAUUUUAUUAAAAAAUUGCUAAGAAUUUCUCUAAAAUGUUACGGUUAUGAAAUUUUUGUAAGCAGCUUCAAUGCAAAUCAAUGCAUUUGUGUCCGGUAUCAUAUCUUUUUAAUUUCUGGACGACGAGUUUAGUGAAAGGCAUUUGACGUGGCAAGAUGUGUCAUUGACUUAUUUUAUUUCUCAAAAUUACGUCGAAUGAUAAGUUAAAGCUGCAUUUGAAAUCCAUCAGUGGAUCAAAAUUCAAAUUUGACAGAUCUGCUACUUUGGUUGACUCAAAUAUUGCAAUUUCUCUAUAAUGCGGCAUAUUAUAUGAAAUAUAAAGGAAUAUUAACAGCAUGAGUGGGUUAUCGUCUAUUACUAACUGCCAAAGUUCUUCAUCUUUUCUGACUUGUUCAAUCGUCUUUUAGCUCGUAAUUAUAUCCACGGAAAUUAUACCUCUUUUACUCGUAAAAUUAUACAGUAAACGAAAAAAAACUGGUGUCUACAUACAUGUCUAGAUCUUAUUUUAGAAGCUAGCAAAAGAAAUAUUGAUACUUUCACUCCUUGUUUAAUUAUUAUAAACACAUUAGCAUAGGGUAUAGGAAGUAUUGCCUAGGGCAUGAGUCACGCGGGCAUGACAUCAUCGUCCAGGCAUAGCAGCGUCUCACCAGUCGGGCAGAAAACUCCGCGGUAGCGACUGUUGCGUUGUCAGCACUUGACAAACCAUUAAUCGUCCGAGAUAAAACUGCGCUUGCUGAAAAUGUCAAGAGGGACAACUUUCAAACCGAAUUCAAGGGGCCAUUGAAGACGAAAGUGUUUAAUCUGAGCAUUGACGAAAAUCUCCCUCCGAAUGACUAAAUCAAUGGGUAAUCAAAUUAAUUAAAUUUCUAUUCGGGAAACAGUUUCAAAACAUAUGCUUGCACUUGGUGAUCUCUGAGAUUGACAUUCCAAUCAUUGAACCAAUGGAACCCAAAAUUAUGGUAAACAUGCACCAAGCUCACUCAAUUUCGAACCAGAAAGAAACUCGGAAAGAAUUAUCAACACAUUAUUCUAAAUUGAACGUCACUAAUCAGGAAACUUAUCAACCAACUUUUUCAACGAAUUCAGCUGUUCACAUGGGCAUAAGCAGAUUACAAGUGUUCCAGAACAUUUCUACUGUAAACAUGAAUGACUUUUACACAGAAUUUCCACAAAAGCAAGACCAGGAUAAACAUAGAAUUGGCAAUGAUUCAUCAGUUUCUCAACACAUAAUCGAAAAUCAGAUGAGUAACAAGAAUGGGCUUGUAAACGUGUCAGUCUGUCAGAAUAGCUCUGAUCUCACCAACACUCUUCAAAAUACUGAAGCAGUUGAUGUACAGCGAAGGCAAGAAACUCAAAAUGAGAAGCAAUGCAUUUCCUCUGUUGGUAUGGCUCUGCAUCACAAGAUACUUGAGAAGCUGCAGGAGGCAAAGCAUAAAACACCAAGCUCGGUUUUUCAAGACCAAAUCUCCGAGUUUCGUAGAGGUGCCGACGACGUAAGUACAAAAACAUUUCCGGAAGAUAAGCUUGACAAUCUCCGCCACCCAGACAAAAAUGUAUAUGGUUUGCAAACUAGUUUACCCUUAGGUGUCAAGUUUAAAGAAAAUACGCGUGAAGUACCAAGCUAUCAUAUUAAAGAUAUUUUCAGUCAAUGCGUUGGCAGAGCCAAGCCCGACGAUGCACAGAUAGACGACUAUUACCCGGUACGCAAAAAAUUGAAAAGCGAUGCAACAUAUCGUGAUGAACAGAAUAUACUAGCGUCAGAGAAUAGAAAUUCUCAAGGAUGGACUCAGAAAGUAUUUGAGAAAUGGGGACAAGGUAAUAGUAACCAAGUAUGUAAAAUUACAAGCGUUAGACUGGAAAAUCACCAGGACCACGAAACAACUGUUAUGAACCCUGUACCGCAAAGAAACCACUCGAAAACAAUAGAAAAAGAUAAUCAUGUAGACCAAAGCAAACGGGGUGAGAAAGAAGACAGAAGAAAGCGUUUUCGCAAGUGGCUGACUGAACGAGCAUCGUGUUGGUCGAGAAGAAACAGAAAUAAACCAUCGAGUGGGUCCGAUCCCCAUUCUUCUGGCGCUGGUGACAGUUACCGGGCCGGCUCAGUGGUGGAGAACACAAACCCUAUCAAUAACGGGGGCUUGAACUCCCCAGUAACGGAGAUCAGAUCGGCGUCGAGGGAGGAGGGCGUUCUUCCUGAAGCAGAAGACGACGAUGGAGAGUCCAUUGAGGACGUCUCGGGUAGACCCUCUAGGUUACGUCCGCGAAACUAUAGGCAGUUUUUGCAGAGAAAAGAACACCGCACUCGAGCUUACCUCAAGGAACGAAGUCACGUUCUCGGACGCUGGUUUGUAACUCACUUUACUCAUCCUUACCCUUCAAAGGAACAAAAAGACAAGCUAGCCAGACAAACCAACAUGUCAAGAAACCAGGUCAGUGAAUGGUUCGGUAACAUGCGGCGCAGGGUGCGGGACACUACCCGGGAUCUGGCGAUAUGUUAAUAAUUGAUGGCCGUGCGCAGGUCAGUGAAUGGUUCGGUAACAUGCGGCGUAGGGUGCGGGACACUACCCGGGACCUGGCGAUGUGUUAAUAUAAUUGAUGGCUGCCCGCAGGUCAGUGAAUGGUUCGGUAACAUGCGGCGCAGGGUGCGGGACACUACCCGGGAUCUGGCGAUGUGUUGGGAAGAGCGCGUCCAGCGCUACAACUCCCUCAUCACCGGCAAGUCCGAGCCCCUCCCAAUAGAGGCUCAAGAUUUCAUCAACUCUUGGAAGCCGCAGGACGCAAGCAUCGAGGCCAAAACAUGGGUUGAAAACGAGAGAUCGCAAAGAUCAACUGCGUCAAGUUAUUGUGACCGGGAGUCGUGGCCAAUCACCAAUUUCAAGAAGGGCCUCCUUCACCGCUACCUGAACGACUCUGGUGAAGACUUACAACCUUCAUCUUCAUCCGCUACAUUUUCACGCAAAGAAAAUUGCUAUUCCAGACCUGCUCCUCUGCUCAAAAAAAUCCCAUCGUCCCUUUCAGAGUCCCGUACGAGGCUUGAAAGUUCCCAUCCUCUACCAGUAGCAAGAGUGGACCCAUGGCCUACUUGUAGCAUUUCUAACUCAAGCGUUGCCGUUUGUCCGAUGUUACUGCCAAAGCAAACAGAAAAUUUAUUGAAAGAAAGACACUCGCUAAAUUCUCCUGGCCAAAUUACACUGUCACAUGGUGAAAGUUCUCCACAACUGCGCACAUAUUCCAGGGGACAUCGGCUCAAAUCAAGCCCCGGCAGCAUCAGUGCAUCUAAAAUUUUGGUAGAAAACAUGACAUCUCCAAACCCAGCACGUAUCAUAUCCCUCGAUAAUUCGACAUUCCAGCUUUUCUCUUCUGGUGCAAAUAAUUACGAUUCUUACGCACCAGCUCCAGAAUUAGGUUCAAUGAUCAGGAGUAGCUCUCCUCGAGAUAAUUCAAAAACUUGUGCUAAAUUUCCAAAUCAAAAUCUUCAAACCACCAGCGAUGGUAAGCAAUCAAUCAGUGAACAUGGAAAUUUUAUUUCUAGUCAGACAAUUUUUCAAUCUACACAACCACUUAAAGGACGCUUCAUCCUUCCUAUACAUCAGCCAGUUGCGUUAGAAAAACAUGUGCUUCACGGACCAGGAGAAGGAAAGCCAUUUAUCUGCAGUGCUGUGAUCAUUCCAUCA